UCGCUAUGACAGUGAUAUAUAGCGUAGCGCAUCACUAAAUCCGACAACACGUCAGGAGAGGGGCGCGGCGUAACGUAACAAGUGGGCUGAACCCUUGUUUUGGCAAAAGCAACAAGCGACUUACUUUGUUUGGCGAUAUAUAUACAUAUAUGUGCGUGUGUGCUACAUAGUUUUAAGCAUAGAUCAGCGCAGCGAACUCAAGUUGAAAUGUAUUUUCAAAGAAAAAUGGAAACAAAAUGGAAAAUCGGCAUGUUUUAAGGGCGUUGCCCAGUUGAGCGGCCUAAAUGGAUAUUGUGACUGAGCUAUUUCGUGACAGACUAUGAUCCAACCAUCGAGGACUCCUAUACGAAGCAAUGUGUCAUUGAUGAUGUGCCCGCCAAAUUGGAUAUUCUGGAUACAGCUGGUCAGGAGGAAUUUAGUGCAAUGCGUGAACAGUAUAUGCGUUCCGGCGAGGGUUUCCUGCUCGUGUUCUCGUUGAAUGAUCAUUCCAGCUUCGAUGAAAUACCCAAAUUUCAGCGUCAAAUCUUGCGUGUCAAGGAUCGUGAUGAGUUUCCCAUGUUGAUGGUGGGCAACAAAUGCGAUUUGGAACAUCAGCGUCACGUCUCGCUGGAGGAGGCACAAAAUACCAGCAGAAAUCUAAUGAUACCCUAUAUUGAAUGCAGUGCCAAGCUGCGAGUGAAUGUGGAUCAGGCGUUUCAUGAGCUGGUCCGCAUUGUGCGCAAAUUUCAAAUAGCCGAACGACCCUACAUUGAGGAGGGUUUCAAAAAGAAGGGCAAGAAGAAGUGCUGCCUCAUGUAAAACUGGGCAAUUAAAACGAUUCUCCACAAAUCAAGAAGAGGAGGAGAAAUAUGAAUGUAACGAGUAUAACACCAAAAUUUUAUAAUUAAUUAAUAACGCGCGUCGACUGAGCUAUUUAGAAAUUCCGAUGACCCAGUAAAUUGAAGUAAUCCCAGCUACAGCAAAAACCCAACGAAAUGCAUUUUGUUAACUGCCUGAACAUAAAAUGAAUUGUCUAAAAGCUCAUGCUACGCCCACACUCGCCAGUUAAACUAACUCAAAAAAAAA